AACAGGAAACGUUCACGCUACCCUGAGAAUGCAGGCAUGCGCAAUGACAGAAGCGUCGCUAUUGGCAACCGCCAGAGAUAUCAUUUGAAGCGAAGCUGUGUUGACUGAUCACAAUUUGGCCGGUGCUGGCAUAUCUAGAACAAGAAAAAUUUCAGUGACAUCCCAAGAUGCCUUCCUCAGCCGAUGAGCCAUAUUACUGCUCCCAGCAGAUCAGUAUUCCUCCAGCUUUACCAGAUAUUCUGAAACAGUUCACAAAAGCUGCUAUUAGGACACAGCCAAAAGAUGUGCUUGCAUGGUCAGCAGCGUAUUUUAGAGCCAUUGCAAAAGGUGAAGCCCCACCAGCGAAGGAAAGGCUUGAAAUGCCCACUGCUACUCAAAAAACUGACACAGGACUUACAACUGGUUUAUUGAAAGUUCUCAACAAACAGCUUGGUUUUAAGAAGACUGUCCCACUUGAGCUUAUUCAAGAGAAGUGGGAGGACUUGGCACUACCAAAAGAGCAGUUUGAUGAAUUGGUGAGAAUUGGCAGUUUUGGUGGAGAAGUGGAAUGGUUGAAGUUCUUCACACUUGCAGCUUCUGCUUUGGGAGAGAAUAUGUCUGACACUAUGAAGAUAGUCUGUGAGUUGUUGACAUGUGACGCUGAUGGAGGCCCAUCCAGAAUCCCCUUUGCUCAGUUUAAAGAACUGUACACAUAUCUUGCUCAGAUUGAUGGAGACAUCUCAGAAGACCACAUCAAUGAAGUUUUUGCUCAUCUACAAAAUGAUGUAGAUAAACAAGAUGGAUAUGUGCAGCCAAGGAAUUUCCUGAGUUCUGAUUGCCCUAAACUGUCCUAACAGACCUCAUGUUGAGAAUGAAUUCAGGAAGUGUAGCCACCCCUUUGGGAAUCGCCCAAUCACUCAACAGUCUCUGCUCUGUGAUAUUAGGAAGAACAUUCAGCACUGAGCUUGAGUUUUAUUCAGUUUCUUUGAUUACCAUACUUAGGUUCUUAAGUAUUGAUACCUUAUGAUGACUUUCUCAAAUUUUAUGAUUUCUCAAGGUGUAUAGAAGAUGGCUUAUUUAUUGAAAAUAAACUGUGCCUGAUAUUCACAAACUGCAUUUGCAAUGUAAUAAAUAGUGUUUUUAAAAGUUACAUAAAGGAGAAACAAGCUGUGUAUUAUGUACAGAGCUUUCUUGCUGAAUGUAAACCAUGCAAAGAAGCAGUAUAACGCAUAUUCAGUACCUUGAAUAUGAGGCGUACACAUUCCCUUUGGUAUGAAAGCAUGCAUGAUGAAUCUUUGACAUUUUUUGUUGUUGUUGUUGUUCAUGUAUAAUGCAAAUUUUUAAGCACUUUUUACGAUUCUUGUUAGUAUGUGCAUUAUGUCAUUUGGUCGAAUUUGUUAGCGGCGUGUAACAUAUUUGUGCAGAUGUUCCUAUCAUCAUUAAAUUGUUCAGUGUUAACGUUUUCACUCACUAACCAAUGAAUAAUUGCUUUUUCUCCUUUUUUUUUUUGUUGCCUUUAAUGGCACAGAGAAUAGACUCCCUCUGACCAUUUCAUGUGCUGUAUUCUAGUGUACACUGGCCUGCCAUAGAUUUUGGUUGGGGGAAAAACGUGGAGUUAUCUAGUUCUAAGUCAUACCAAUGUAAGUGCGUGACCUAAAUAGAGUAUUUGUUAAAAACAACUUCAGAAGACCAAUCGUAUUGUCCAUCAAGGUCACCGCGGUUAAAAUCUGUGCACUUUAGAAACUGCUCAGAGUGAGAGAAAUCCGAUGAUGUGAAUCAGACACUGAUCGGCUACCGUAUCGUUGCUGCUUCCUACUAUAUCCACAUCCUUUCUUAAAUUCCAACUACAAGAUGGAACUAUUUCUUCUCUGAGCUCCAUAAUGGCUUGAAACGUUGGUAAAGAUGCAGUGUUGCAGAGAAGGACAUUCAGCAAACAGAUUAUAGUUGUCUUAGAAAGUGAUGUCAUUUCGCUCGCUGGUGUCCUUUCAGAUUGUGUUCAAACUGGUCACAUUUCAUGCCUUUCCUACAAUCAACGAUGCACUUUUUGUAACAUCUUUCUUAUAUCUCGAUGUACAACCUACAACCAGGAGAUUCUAAAGCUGCUAUAGAUAGUAUAUGCCUGCACAACUGGCCAGCUUAUUGUCCUAGCCAUCUUAGGUGUGCACUUUUACACGAGAUUGGCUUUAAAAUUCUCCGUCAAAUAAUAGAUCUCCCCACUCAUCAAUUCCUGUGCGCAGUAAGAACACACACGUACAUCUCCAUGAAUUUCCCUUAACAUUGUUUGACACUAAGGAUUUUUGGAUACGGUUCGGUCUCUGCGGAAGAGAUUGACAUCGAGCUGGAAACAGUUUUGAUGGAAUACCUACGGAGCUAAAGGUCCAUCUCUUCCCCACCGCCAAUCGAUAGCGGGUCAAAAGUAGGGACCAUUUGUACAGGAGGACAAAGACCCAAGCCUGCCAGUAAUUCACGCUUCUAACAGGUUCAGUGGGUGUAACGUAGAGAAACAGAAGCACAUAUUGUCGAUCAAGAAAGCCAGAGUAUUUUUAGACAACCCUCAUUAUGUAAUAUAACACCAGUGUUCUGUCGUCUCAAUUUAAUACAAGAGUACUAUGGCGGGUUUGAAAGACGACCAACAAAAACAAUCAGACGUACUCGGUGUUCUGCCCAUUUCUUUUCGGGAGGCCUGAUGCAGGCCCAUGAGAUCAUUAGUUAAUUAAAGUUUCCCCGAAUGAAAUCG